AUGACGACCCCCAAUGAGAAAGCGGGCGGUGAUGCGCCUCCGCAAGACAUUCAGGCCCCGAGUUCAGAUGUCAAGCCUCCCAUUGACGAGAAGGCCGAUACUGCUUCUGCCAUUGAGAAGGAGCUCGGCAUGGUAGAGGAGGGAUAUCUCAAGAAUGAAGGUCGUCUUCCUAGCCCCGAGGAGCAGAUUGACGCUCUUGGUAUUCCGAACUGGCGCGAGCUGGAGAAGAAGAUUGUUCGGCGUCUUGAUAUGACUCUCAUGCCGUGUGUUUGGUGUCUUUACUUCUUCAAUUACCUCGACAGAGCGUCAAUUGGCCAUGCUAGACUGAGCACCUUUGAUGAAGAUCUCAAUCUUACUGGUUCCAAUUUCUCUUCGGCUGUCUCUAUUCUCUCUCUCGGUUAUGUCCUUGGCCAACUCCCCAGUAACAUGUUGAUCACCAAGAUUCGGCCCAGUCUCUACCUUUGCCUCAUGGCUAUUGUCUGGUCUGGUGUCAGUGUCGCGACUGUCGGAGUCAAGUCUUACUCUGGACUCAUGGGCGUUCGCUUCGCUCUUGGUCUUGUUGAGGCGCCUCUUCUUCCUGGCGCUAUCUACCUCCUUGGUUGUUGGUAUACCAGAAAAGAAGUCGCGUUCCGCAUGGCUAUCCUAUACUCAGCCCAGACCAUCGCCUUCUGCUCAGCCGGUCUUAUCGCCGCCGCCACCUACGCCACUCUCGAGAAGGCCCACGGCCUUGCUGGCUGGCAGUGGCUCUUCAUCAUCCUCGCCACCGCUGGAGCCGGCUCUGCCAUGAUCUGUAUCUGGUUCAUCCCCGAUUAUCCCGACUCGACUACCGGCAGCGCCAUGUGGACUAUGACUGAGGAUAUGCGAAAGGUUGCUGCUGCACGUGUCCUCGCUGAUCGCCCUUCCACUACCGAGGCCAAGACUGGUGCUUGGGAAGGAUUGAAGCUUAGCGUUCGUGACCCUAAGCUCUACAUCCUUACUCUCAUGAACAUCACCAUCUCCGCUGCUUACGGGUUCUCCAACUUCUACCCUUCCAUCGUUCGUGGUCUGGCUGCCGAUUGGGGAUACAGCUCUGUCAUCGCGCUUGUUCUCACUGCGCCGCCUUACAUCUUUGCUGCUAUCGGCUCAUAUGUCAACGCUUGGCACUCUGACAAGGUCAAGGAGCGAGGUCUGCAUUAUGCCAUCCCUGUUGCGGUCGCUUGUAUUGGUUUCAUUGUCUGCUUAGCGACCACCAACCCCCAGGCUCGAUACGGAGCUUCUUUCAUCUACGUUGGUGGCAUGUACAUCGCCAACCCUCUCAUCAUGGGCUAUGUCAGCGGUGCUCUUGCAAAGACUCCCGAAAAGCGAGCUGCCUCUGUUGCACUUUGCAACCUUCUAUCUCAAAUCGGAAACUUCACUGCUCCUUUCAUGUUCGUGACGAAGGAGGAGCCUCGCUACAUCAGCGCCUUCAUCGGUAUGAUGGCCUUCGGUUUGACCUCUAGUGCCUGCGCUAUCGUCAUGAAGAUUUGGCUCAGCCGCUCCAACAAGCGGCUGUUGCGAGAGGCGCAGCAAAAUGGUACUGCCUACCAGCCUUAUGUCACCUAA